GGGGGUGUGGGUCACGUGAUGUUUUCGCCGUGGUGCCGCCGAGCCUGCUCGCUGGUGUGAGGAGAGAAGCGGGAGAGUCGGAGGAGCCCGGCGCGUCCGACCGGCGGCGAAGGGGUGGAAGCCGCCGGCUUGUCCGCUGCCUCGCAGGCCGGGAGCCGCCGGCUGGGCCGACGCCGAGAGUCCCGCGGGCACACAUGUCCGGCCGGGCCUGGGAGACCCUUCCCUUGUGAGGGCGUCUGCUUCUCUCGCCCGCGGAGCGAUUUGGACCCUGCCCUGGCCCCUUAAGAUGGCGAGCGCGCUGAUGCUUGGCCCCGGCGGGGAAGGCGGCUGCACCGCGUUGGAAGGCAAAGGCGAGGCGGUGGGCACCGCGGUCGGAGCAGCAGCAGCAGCAGCAACGGGGGGAGGCGGCAGCGGCGGCGGCGGCUCCAGCGGGGCGUCCAGGCUGGCGGCGCCUGAGGAGGACCAGGAGCCGGCCGAGAGCGCUCCCUGCCCGCCCCCGGCUCAGCCCCCGCAUCAUCUCAUGCUCCUGCUGAGGAAAUCACCCAGCAGCUCCCUCUGCCUCGUCCAGGAAGAAGAUGCCUUGUUGCCUGGGGACCCCGCAGCGUUGGGGCGAGCAGCAGCCCCUGCCACCCCCCUGGGCCGGAGUGGGCCUCCAGCGACCUCUGCCCGCGGGUCUGCCCUGACGCCCCCGGCAAGCAUCACCUGGGGGGACGACGUGAGGAAAUGUGGCUACCUGAGGAAGCAGAAGCAUGGGCACAAACGGUACUUUGUGUUGCGGGCGGAGAGUCACCUUGGCCCUGCCCGACUGGAAUACUAUGACAGCGAGAAGAAGUUCAAGAGUAGCUUGAGAGCGGCGGCGGCUGGAGGGAAUGUGGCCCUUUGCUGCCCGUCUCCCAAAAGGGUGAUUCCUCUCUACCAGUGCUUCACUGUCAGCCGGAGGGCAGAUGCCAAGCAUAAACACAUCAUCGCCCUGUAUACUAAGGAUGAGUAUUUUGCCAUGGUGGCUGAGAAUGAGCCUGAGCAAGAAGGGUGGUACCAGGCCAUCAGUGAGCUCAUGAGCCAAAGCAAGAGAGGGUUCUUGGAGCAGGAGGACCAGGCUGAUCAGCAGUUGGACGAUGACGAUGAGCAUUAUGGAGCUGCCCUUCGCCCAGGAACUGUGUUCAAAGAAGUUUGGCAAGUCAAUGUGAAGCCUAAGGGUUUGGGGCAGACCAAGAAUUUGACAGGGGUGUACAGGUUAUGCCUUUCCAGCAAGGCCAUUCAUCUGGUCAAGCUUAAUACUGAAGUACCUUCUGUCCACUUACAACUAAUGAACAUUCGGCGAUGUGGGCACUCGGAAAACUUUUUUUUCAUUGAAGUGGGCAGAUCAGCCUCCAUUGGACCAGGUGAGCUAUGGAUGCAAGUAGAUGAUUCAGUGGUUGCCCAGAACAUGCAUGAGACUUUUCUAGAAACCAUGAAAGCUCUGAAAGCCUUCUCUGAGUUCAGACCUCGCAGCAAGAGCCAGUCUUCUGGUGGUGGCAGCAGUACCAAUCCUAUCUCUUUCAUAACUACUAGGAGGCAUCUUGGUAAUCUACCACCUAGCCAGACUGGCCUACAAAGAAGGUCCCGGACUGAAAGUGUUACAGGGGGGACUCCUCCCACUACCAAAAGCAGCAGUGCUUAUCGCUUCAGAACUUCUAGCGAAGGGGAGGGGACAAUGACCAGACCAUUUAGAUCAGUUACUGGAAGUCUGAUUCAUUUGAAUACUGCAAGGAUGAAUUUGGGCCGCCAAGAAGGGAGUGGACGAUAUGUUAGAGCAGCAUUUAGCUCUUCUUAUCAUACCAGGUCUGCUUCUCUACCAGUUUCUCAUUUUCCUUCUACUACUAGUCCUAUCAGUGUUUCUUCAGGAAGUGGGCAUGGAUCAAUUACUGAUAAUUUUGUAAGGCCUUCCAGUUCAUCUGUCUGUGGGUCCCCAAGCGAUGGAGGUUUCAUUUCCUCAGAUGAAUAUGGUUCUAGCCCUGGAGACUUUAGGUACUUUCGUGUGAGAAGUAACACGCCAGAUUCCUUGGGCAAUACUCCACCAAUCAGAGAAGAAAAUUGUUUAAAUGAAUACAUGUCCAUGAACAAACAGCAAAUGGAUAAUAGUACAAGAGAUGAUUACCGGGAGGCUGACAAAUGCUUUAGAAAAAGAACAUACUCAUUAACUAAGCCUGCUUCAGUACCAGGACAACAGAAAACAACCCAGACUGCUUUAGAUGAAGAUUCCUCAGGAAGCCAUGGACGCCUCUCUUGUUCUGAAUCACCAAGAUUCAAAAAUAACCCUGAACCUGAGUAUGAGGAAUCAAUUCUUGAUUCUGUAUGUAAUCAAAGCAAGAAUAAAUCCAGAGAUGAUGGGUACAUGCCAAUGAUGCCAGGAGUUGCAUCUUCUCUGGCAAGCAACAGCGACUACUUGCCCAUGACUCCUAAAAGCAUGUCUGUUCCAAAACAGAUUAACAGUUCCUGGUUGUCAUCUCAGGCUGAUUCUAAAGGAUACAUGAUGAUGUUUCCCCGAGGUGUCUCUUCACCUAUACGUAAUCCCUUAACUGAGUUUAAUUCUAAAUCUGGUCAUGAAAAGUCAACAAAUAAUGAGUACAUGGAUAUGUCUCCUGGAAAUUCUGCUGCUCCAAAGCAACCCUGUGAUCCAGAUUAUAUGCAUGCCAACAUUGAUUCCAAAAAUUUUGGCUCCUAUUUCUCUCUCCCACGAAGCUUUAAGGCUCUAACCGGGGAACAUGAUGAAUAUGUUCCAAUGUCAUCACCUGGAAAAUUAUUGUAUGUUGGAUCUGAAAAUGGGAAAAGCAUCAGCAAUGAAGUUCUGGCUAAUGGCCUUUCCAGAUCACCCCAUCUGAAAAGUUCAGAAGAAGGCCUUGCGCAGAAUAGGGUUACUAGGCCUACGAGACUUCCACUCGGUACUAGAGGUAGUAAUACCAUACCAAGAAUGUACGAUCGCACAAUUCCACUUGAGCCAUCUAGCCCUGGUGAAUAUAUAAAUAUAGAUUUUGGUGAAAAAGCAAGUAAUACGCCAUAUUCUUUAUCUGCAGAAGGAUCUCCAUCAUCUCUUGGAUCCAGUAGUGACCAUAGGCAGUCACCACUUUCUGACUACAUGAGUGUUGAUCUGGAUGUCCAGUCCCCCAAAGCUGCUAAAGAACUAUCUAACUCUCUGACAGACAUUUCAAUUUAUGCAAAUUCGAGUAUCCCUAGAAACGUGCCUGAUGCUGAUUAUGCUAGACUUUCAUUUGGUACGGCUUGUGUUAGCACAGCAUGUGGUAGGAUUGAUGACUACACCGAGAUGACCUUCAACAUGGCAGCCACACCACCUGGACCAUUUGCCACUGAAAGCAAAAACGGAUUAAAGAUUGAUAGUCCUCCUUCUAUAGUUAACCGACUGUGCAUUGUUGACCAAUAUGCUAGUCGCAGGGACUUCCCUGUUUCUAAUCCUGAUCCACCUGUAGUACCUAAAGUCAUUCGAGCUGACCCACAAGGAAGGAGGAGGCACAGUUCUGAGACCUUUUCUUCUGCAGCCACUGUUACCACUUCUUCCUCUUUCUUUACUGACAGUAGUAAAAGGCACAGCUCGGCCUCUUUUGACAACGUGUGGUUGAAACCUGAGGAACAUAUUUCAGAUGGCCAUGAAAGCAAGAUGUCCAGAGAUACUUCAACUGGAUUUCAGAAUGGCUUAAAUUAUAUAGCUCUGAAUUUACGGGAGAAUUCACUAAACUGUGAGGAGAGCCCUAACACACCAAAUUGCCACCUCCCAAAUGGUACUCUAAAUCUGGAAAGUGGAGUAUAUGUAAGCAUAGAUUUCAGCAGAUCAGACAGUUUGAAGUGCAACUCCGCAAGGAAAGACUGAUGGCAUUACCAUGGAAACCAUUGUGAGAAGAGCAGGCUUUCCAGCUGGUAUCUCCAUAAUUGUGUGGUGCUUUUGGAAGCAGAGCCCAUCUCCAGCCAACUCUGUUCACUUCCACCAGCACAGACGCGGACAUGCAUCAUUGGAAUGAAAUUUCAUUGAGGGGUGGUUGAGUCUACAGUCGCGCUAAUCCAAAUGAACUUUUGUCAUGGAUGAGUUUGGAUGAAACAGGUUUUUUUUUUCCUCUCCCCACCCUGCUCCCUGGCUCUCCUAGCACCAUCUGUGAGACUAUACGAAUGCUCCAGUAGAAAAAACGAUAACUUCCUGCACUACUUCUACACCUCCUGCAGCUGUUUUUUGUUUCGAGAAGUUGCAGUAUCAGAGAAGCUUCCUAUCAUGGGUUUGCUUUUCUUGUACUUGAAGUGAUAGCUGAAACAAUUUAUCAUUGGCUUAGAAUUAUUAUUAUUAUUAUUAUUGGCAAUUAUAAACCUAUUUUGAGAGGAUGGGGAACACAUGUCAAGGCGAUAAUCCUAAGCAAACUUAUUUGUAACUCAUUAAAAUCAGUAGAUCAUAGUUUCAGAGCUAGAGGCCUGCAGCUAGUUUUUGAAUAGUAAAAUUCCAACACAUACAUGCACACAACACUCCCAGUUCCCCUUAGCUAAAACAGUAGAGUCUGGGAGAACGCUUUUUCCAUUGCCUGCCUGUUCUUGCAUGCGCCAUAGAGAUGCUCUUUUUUACCUUAUUCCCUGCCUUCUCUAGAGAAGCUACCACCUCUCUUCUCCUUCCCACCUUGGCAGAAUAGUCCUUUCUCAAUUGUUCCCCUGGUGGCCCCUUGGAAAGUGACCGCUGAUGGUAGCUGCAAUUGCUGGAAAGCAGGUGAACUAACUGCCAGUUGGUGGGUGGGAGAACCUAGCAUGGUUCCUCUUUUCUUCUGCAAGAGAAUAAGACAAGCAGAGGUCACAGUCUGGUACUCAGUUACAAGGGAGGAAGUGUCUGUGAAUUUAUUGGUACUUAAAGGCCAGCACACAUAGAAUGGGGCUGUGAAUGAACAGUCCUCUCUCAUGCUGAUUGAUCUCCACUAGGUGAUGGGGAGAUUUCACAGCCACAAAGAGCAAUUUGCUAUAAACAAGAGAACUGGUACUCUCUUUUUUUUGUUCGUUUAAUUUCACUUUACGGUACAAUAAAUUUAUGAGUCCUAUAUCUUUUUUUAAAAAUAAAUCUAUGUCCUCUUAAAUUUAAGAGUGUUCUGAGAAUAUCUGGAAUGUAAAAAAUAGAAUUGAAGAAUUGGUUGUAUCUUGAUUAUAGUUAAAGCAUUUUCUUAUGUCCCUGUAUAGUUACUUCUAUGACUUUUAAAUUUUGGAUAAAUGAGGAGUUGAUUUUUUUAUAAGCUGAAAUGGAAAAAAAAAUUGCAGACUUUGCAAUUGUAUAUUAUCCUUACGUUACAAUGUUAAUGUGCUGUAGAGCUUUUAUAGAGAGAAUCCCUUAAUCUUACACUUUGAUAAAAGAUCCCUUUUAUUUGGAGCCAUUCUUUGAUUUUCCCCUAAAGUUAGCAAAAAUGUAACUAAUACUUUAUUAUUAUUAUUAUUAAUAAUAAUAAUAUUAUGCCUAAUGUGAAAAGAAGACCUUUCUUACUAGGGGUGUUGUUUAAAAUUGGAAAUUCAAAAUAAUAGCGAAAGCUAGGUACAUCAAUCCUAGGCUUCUGUCCUUAGAGAACGUGACGCUAGGGUCGGUACAUUGAGUGUGCAUUAAUAAUUAGAAGCACUGAUAUUUGAAGGAGUUGAAAGCAGGACACAGAUCCUCAGGUGCCACAUGGCUGAUAUUCCUUUACCUUGAAUAUUGUACAAAUAUGAAGUGCUGCCUCAUGUUUUGACAUCUGAACUUUUGUAAAGCAAAUUAGAUCCUUUUCAGUUUUGAAGUCCAUCACCAUGUACUGGAAUCUUUUUUGGUUCGAUUUAACGUGCUUGUCACCUAAGGUCUAGGGAACUUUUGCCAAAUAUAGCCGAUACUGAUGAAUUUACAUGGAGUGCUGUAAUCAGAAAGGGGGAAAAACAUUGCAGAGUUUAAAAGCACAGAUGAGUUUCUGAAUCUAUUAAAGCAGGAUUUUCAAGAGUAAAGUUAACCAGUUGCUGCUAACUUUAAAAGUAUGACCACUUUUCUAGAUGGCAGUGCUGUCUUGCCAGGUUCUUUUGGUUAGGAUUCUGUAAAUUGGCAAUGCAAUAGGCUAGCCCUCACCAAAGGAGCAUCCCAACCAAUUUGUUUAGUUUGCCUAUCCCAGAAUCCCCAGCCAUGCAAGCAGGAAUUCUGGGAGUCUGAACAUCUCUGGAAGGGUACCAAUUUGGAAGAGGCUGCAGAAGGUACUUUUUACAUCUUUUAGUUGAAUAAAAUUGGGUGACAGUUCAAAGAGAUGAAUUGUGAAAAAUGUUUGAUGAAAGCCACAUUCGCUACAUACGAAUUCCCGAGGCGGCCAUAGAGCACUGAUUUUACAAAUGCUGAAUCAAUGGGUAACCUCACAACUACUGGUACAAAGAUUAACAGGUACAGCAUAAUAAAAUAUGCAAUCUUUCUUGUCUUAGUUUACAGCAACUAAUUUAUUCAGUAUUGUGCUGGAGGACCAUCUCCCAAACAUAUCACUCUGUGUGGGCCACCUUCCAGCCACCCGUUUGAUGCUGCUGUAGAGUACAGAGAAACCAACGAUGGAACAAUGUUUGUCCUGUAAAUUUUAAUUUGAUAUUGGACAGUUGUCUGUACAAACUAAAAACAUAUAUGGUUGAAAUUGUUCAUUAUAUUUGCUAUUUCUGCUUCACUGAUCUGUUUAAAGGUUUGAGCUGAUUGAUCUGGCUGUGUCUUCCAUUGUAAAUAUUGUUACAUUGUUUUUCAUGGUAAAAUGCAGCACAUUUGCAAUUUUGGGAGACUAGCUUGAAGCUCUGUAUAGUGUUUAUAUUUAUCUGAAUUGGCUUUCCAUAGAGCUACUUGCAGUAAAUGUGUUCAUGUA